AUGCCUGAAAGAGAUGGUUUCGCUUGGUCUACAAUGAUUGAAGCUCAUGAGGGGGUUGGGGAUUUGGCUUCAGAGAAGAGUUUGUUUGAUGAAAUUACCGAGAAAAACAUUGCUGCGUGGAAUACAAUGAUUCAUGGAUAUGUGAGAGUAAGCGAUGUUAACUCUGCAGAGAAGUUGUUUUUUAUGAUGCUCGAGAAGGAUUUGAUUUCGUGGACAAUGAUCCAUUGUUAUGCAAAAAGCAAGCAAUUUAGCAACGCGUUAGAUCUUUUCUAUGAACUGAAGAAUGAAGUUCGACCUGAUGAAGUGACCAUGUCGACUGUAAUUUCAGCGCGUGCACAUCUUGCGGCACUGAACCAACGGGAGGAAGUACCUAUCUAUGCUAUGCAAAGUGGGCAAAAUCUUCAUGUUUAUAUCAGAAUGGAGAAGAACAUAAAACCAAAUGGUGUGACCUUUGCUAGUAAUCUCAGUGCUUGUACUCAUGCUGGACUUGUGGAAGAAGGCUGA